AUGAAGAGAUUCACGUGGCGCGGCUUGCUGGCCGUGUUCGCGUUUACCGCGGUCGCGUUCCAGCAGCACACCGAGGCCAAGAAAGACUUGCCGACCGGCAGAUCCGUGACUCCGACGCCCGAACCACCGGCCGCGACGUACAGACCCAAAGACCAAACGGAACCGAUCAUCGAAGAGGUGACGGCCAAGCAGCUGGAACGAGUGCUCAACGAAAAGGACUACGUCGCCGUGUUUUGGUGUGAGUAGUGUCAGCACGUGUUUUUUUUUUAUUUUUAUUUUUUACCCAAUUAACGUUGGGAUUGAGGUGUAGGAGAUCCCUGGUUUCGUUGGGAUAGGUUAGAAUACCUAUAUAGUAUAUUAUUAUUUAUUUUAUUCGAUUUGUUUAGGGAUAAUUUUUCCCGUGACUACAUUUCCAACAUGCAUACGUGAUAUAAAUAGCUCGUACGAAUUAUAUAAUAACAAUCGAGAAGCAGUAAAAAUAACUCGUCCUGAGUAUAUAAAUAAAAUGUUGUGGAAUGAAAAUACUUAUAUUAUAGUCUCGAAGCUGUAAGAUUUGUAUAAUCAUACAAGUUCGUCAAAUUCGUGGGUGAUAAAAAAAAAAGAUAUGAAGACUAUAUUUUACUCCACCGCGUAAACAAAACGAGUUACGAAAACCUCAUUAAAUUAUCCACUCAAAUAUUUGUUUAAAUUAUGAUUAUGUAUAGUAUUUAUUUAAAAAACAAAACUCUGCUCGUAAAGGAAUAAUUUAAAUUGUUGAAUGGUCAUAUUAUACUGGAGUAAGAACAGAUACUUGCACAGCCAUUUGGCAAAAUCUAUAAAUCUUGCCCCAAAUUUUAAAAACUGAGAGUUGGCAACCGCAUAAUAUUAUGAGUCACUGGCUGGGAUUUCAAUAGCGGAAAAAAAAAGAAAAAGAAAAAUAUUAAUUCUAUUUGAAUGAAUUGCCAAACUAAGUAUGUGUUGUUAAAAUAACAGAAACUCGGUUAUAAUAAUUAUUAUAAUUAUCUAAUUUGAUUAAAAACAACCAGAAUCGGUUUUUCUUCAUAUCAAAUUAACGUAGUUUGAUCGAAAAAAAUACUGUGGAGAAGAAGAAAAUUGAAUUGUUAUCGUAAAAAUAAUACGUACGAUUGUUAUUCUAUGCCAAACCGUAAUUUGAUACCUAGUGCUUGUGUGUGACGUACCUAUAAUACGGUAUAUUAUUAUAUUAAAACUGGCUGUUUGUUUUUAUAUUAUUUUAAGUAUGUUAAAAUGAAUGUGAAAUAAGUGUAAAAUUUGAAUCGUAUUAAAUGGAUAUUGGUUUUGGCAUGCAUUAUAUCGUUAUUAGUACACGGCGGCGUGUUAGAAAAUGUUAAGUGUGGGUACCGGGACUAUACGUCAUCGUUAUAAUUCACUAGGUCAAACAAAGAUGUGUUGACGAUUUUAUUAAUAACCUCCCCUCGUGAAAACGUUAUUAUUAGACUUCGUCGUUAUAGAAUACAACCCGAAAGUUGAAUGGUUUUUUUAUUAUUAUUAUUUUUUUUUUUAGAGUCGAAGGACGUUAUUUUGGAGAAAAAAAACGUUAUUAUAGGAUAAUCCGAUUUCGUGUUGUAUCCCACUGUAUAGUACAAGUUUGUUGGCAGUCCGUUUGAAUUGUUUUAGUUUCUGACCUUUCUAAAUGGAAGAGUAUUUCGCGGUGGAAGAGAGAGAAAUUAGGAUUGUAAAACGCGCGCGCGACGGUCAUGGCAUUACGGUUAUACAAUCCCUCGGCUGUGCUGUUGACGAUUUCGCGGAGGCCGAACGCCGGAGAUAAUAAUAGCACACGUCUGACUCCAUCUGAGGUAGUGUGGCCCGUUCAUUUCGUCUUUGCUAAACUGACAUCGUGCACAACAGCUGUUUCGAAAUGUUUUAUAAAAAUGAUGAAAUUUUCACACGAAUAUUAUACUGUUGGUUAUUAAAUUGUAGCACCACCACAGCAAUAGUUAUAAUGACAUUAAUCCAAUAAAUGAGAAACUUAUAGGUACUUAUUAAAACGAAGAUUUUAUGUAACAAUUGUUAAAAGUUUAAUGUUAUUAAAAAUCUCAAUUUUGUGUUGUCUACACAUUUGUCUAAUCGCAUAUAGAGAUUAUUUUUUUUUUUUAACACCACCGAUUACCAUUUGAAAUAUUUCAAUCAAAUUCAAAAUCAAAACAAAAAUUGCUUCGCAGAAUUGAUCACCCCGCCAUAAUGUAUGAUUGGUGUAUUAUUUAAUACCCAAAAUGAUUUCUGUGACUCAGUGGGAGAGAACAAAUUAGACAGAGGGAAUGCUGUUUUAAUUAGUAUAUAAGAAUGUACACAAAUAUUUUAAAAUGUUCACCGCUGCAUAAAUGGUAGUAAAAUAUUUAUGCUUAUCCAAAUAUUUGGUCUUAAUUCAAAAUUAAAAGGGCGUCCCGUCAUUAAUGCUCGUAAAUGAAAACGAUUAAUAUUGGUUUACAACUUUUAAAGUUUUAAUUAACCGUCAAUAUAAAAAUGUGCAAGAUAAAGAAAUUUGAUAAUGUGGAAUGUGGAGGAUAUAAAUAACUUGUUUAAUAAAUUCAAAUAUAUAUGUUAUACAUUAAUAUAUGUGGUGUUUGUUUAUAUAUAUAUUAAAUACUAUUUUAAACGAAUAAAAAUGAAUAUAAAUUCAUUAUAUUUAUUUCAUCGGAGUAUAAUAUUUCUACAUAGAUUCUAGUGGUUAUUAACAACCGCAUUUAGUGAUGACAAAAUGUACAUUUUUAAGGUGUUAAUUUUAAAUUCAUUGCAAAGUUUACGGUUUACAACUUGGUACCAUUCUUUUGUGCACAUUGCACACGUUACAUAUCAUAUAUUUAUGGGUACCUAAUGGUAAAAACAACAUUAACGAAUAUAUCGUUUACAUUAGCAUUGCAUUAAAAUUGGCAAAUAAAAAAAAAUCUCAUCAGAUAAAUUGAAAUGAUUAAAAAUUAUAGUAGUCCCGGAUUUGAGAGAUGGCUAUAGAGUGAUCACCAUCGUUAUCACAGUUUGUUUGGAUUUUAUUUUAAUCUAUUAAAAAAUCUAAAUGUAUUUCUGAAAUUGGUUAAUUUUUAUGAGCGAAAAACGGUUCAUUCCCAUCCCUCUGUUUAAGUACUGAUUGGCCAAAAUCCAAUUGGAGGUAGUAAUAAGUGGCAAAAGAAAAUGAACACAAAAUUAAUUGGAAACAUUCAAAAAGUGAAAAAAAACAAUAUGAUAUGCAGAAUUGUUUUGGAAAAAAAUAAAAACAUUAGGUAUGUGAAAAAUAUUUAAAUGAGAAUAGGCACAAACCAAAUUAUUUGAAAGAAUAUAGUAUAAUAUAUCAUAACUCAUAAGAUAUUUGUCAUUUAUACUUUUUAAAUUUUUUUUUAAUAAAAAUAUAUAAAUAAAUAUACAUAUAAAUUUAAGAUAUUUUUUUUAUUUUUACAUGUUAAUGCUUAUUACAGUGGACAUUGACGACGUUUAUUUUAAAUAUAUAUUUAGUGAAUGAAUAUUAAUCAUUUAACAGAUAUUAUACUUAAGUAAAUUGUGUAAAAUAUUAAAAUGUUGCAUUUUCAUUUCAAAAUACCAGAUGAUCCAUUUAAAAGGGUACACUCAUUAUCUCGGAAAGUGUUAACGUUUUCCAGAAUUUGUUUUCUAGAACAUUUACUAAAACAAGCUGCUCUACAACUAUAUAUUUACGUUAUUUUUUUGUCAGCCUUAUUUUUGGUGGUAAAACUAUCACCUACUGGAAUAUUAGUUAUAAUAAAUUUUAGUGUUGAUAUUUUUUAUUUCCGUCAACCCAUUAACGAGGUAUUUCACUUUUAGUUUAGGUUGGAUGAGAGGAGUGGAGUAUCAUUUGUGUAGCGGUACACACAUUAUACGCGGUAUAAUGCACCACUACACUAAGUGAAUACUUUCUGAGAUAAUGAAUGUACUCACUUAAAUGGAUCAACUGGUGUGAUGUUCGAUUCUGUUGAUAAACUGACAAUUAGCGCUAACAAAUAAUAUUUUACGAGGCAUUGUGAUAACGGUCCUAAAUAUGUAAAUCGCCAAUAUUACAUUUUUUUUUAUUUAUUUAUUUAAAUGCCAAAUGACAAUUAUAAUGGAAUACAUGGAAUUAUUAUUAAUAACAAGGUAGUGAAUGGAUAACAAUAGCAAAGAAAAAUAACAGUAAAUAACAAUAAUGAAAAAAACAUCGUUUAUUGUAUAUUGUGUGUAUUAUUUUAAUAUUGAUUGAGACUGGAAUCAACACAUACGAUUUGGAAUAUUUACUAUUAAAUACAUCAAAAUUUGCAAAGAUUUUAAUAAAGUAAUUUCAAAAUUAUCCAAAAACCCCGAUGCUCCAUGAGAUCUGGGGCUUAGUGGCACUGUCCUACUUUUCCCUAUGAUAGCUACGUCACCGAUAACAUACGAAAAACUACUUUUUAGUAGUAUACCGUAUACAAUUUAUUGUACUUAAUGCUACUGAAUGUAUCUGAUUCUUUGAAAGAAAUUUUUGAUUAUCUGUGGCAAAAGUAGGAAACGUACUAUUGUAUUAUUGAUCUUUGUGAACAAACUAAGAUGCCCUUUAUUCGAAAUAUUUGAUUUUUCACGGUUUUUAGUUUAUUUUUGUGUGCUUUUAAUUAUAAGAACAUAUUUUGCCUCAGUAUUAUCGAAUAAUCAAUUAAAACUUUUUUUUUUUUUACAAUAAUUGUAAGAAUCUCUUUUUUUUAAGGUUUUGCAUGUUUAUUAUUGGCCAAUGAAUAAACCAUUUAUAAUUAUUAUUCGUAAUUUUGAAUUUGUUGAUAAAUACAAAUUUCUUCAACUCUUAAAUUAAAUACUAAAAAUAUAUGUAAUAUAUGUAAUAUAUAUGUAUUUAGAUACCAGAAGUUGUCUUACUUGUGAUAAAGUAUUAGAAGAACUCGAAAACAUUGAUGACGAUACUGAUACUUUUGGAGUAGAUUUUGUGAAAAUUAAUGACAAACGGCUAGCUAAACAUUAUGGAAUUAAAAAUUUUCCAGCACUCACUUAUUUCCGAAAGAAAGAACCCAUUAUUUAUGAAGGCAUGUACAUUUAUAAUGUUUGUUUUUAUUUAGCCAUUUAAUUUAAGGUUUAUAUUAAAAAUGGGUUUGUUUAGGAGAUCUAAUGGAUGAAGAAUCGGUAUUAGAAUUUUUAACUAGUCUAGAAGCUUUAGAUUUGCCAGAUCGUAUUGAAGAGGUAAACUCAAAAAUAUUACAGAAAAUAAUCGAAGAUACAGAUUACGUAGCUGUUUUAUUCUGUAAGUAAAAUACAUUGUUUCUCUAAUACAUUAUAGGUAAUGUUAAUAUUAUUAUUAUAUUACCAUGUUUAAUAUGUUGAAUUUGAUAAAUAACAUUGAAUUAGGUCCUGAACGAUCAGAAUGCACUUUGAAGGAUAUUCGUGAGUGAAAUGGUUGUAACCCAUUUUCAGCUAUACAUCCAUCAGGCAUCCCCUUAGAAAUGUAUUACCUUUCAUAGCUUUAUCCUUGCAGUAGCGAGAAUGUCAUUUAAAAUGUUUUCUUUCAAAUAAUUGUUUUAACAUUAUAGUUAUCUUUUCAGACAAAGUUGGCUGUAAGAAAUGUGCAAAAGCAUUACAAGAACUAGAGAAUAUUGAUGAUGAAGCAGAUCAGUUGGGCAUUGGUUUUGUAAAAAUACACGACUCAAGUUUAGCAGAUGAGUACAAUUUAGGAGACUUGCCUAAGUUGGUGUAUUAUCGGCAUCAAAUACCAAUUGUUUAUGAACGUCAGUGGUUUGUCAAACGACAUAUUUAUAUAUAAUAGUUAAAUAUUUUUAUUAACAAGGUUUUUGAAACAUUAAUGUUCUCAAAUUUAGAUGAAUUAACUAGAGAAGAAGAUGUACUCGAAUGGUUAGUACAGAACAAAUCUACAGGAGAUGAAGAAGAUGUCAUCGAAGAUGUUACAUCAAAAACGUUGGACACUCUUAUUGGUUCUGUUGAUAAUCUUGUUGUACUAUUUUGUAAGAUUUUAAAUAUUAUUUGUGUUAGUUAAUUAAAAUUGAUUUAAAAUGGAAAACUACUUAAAUUUGUUUAGAUGAUAAUGACGACGAAGAUUCUUUAAAAGUUUUGAAUGAAUUAGAAAAAAUUGAUGACGAUUGUGACCGACAUGGGAUACAAUUUGUAAAAAUUGAAGAUCCUCAUGCAGCUUCAUCGUUUGGUUUGAAUUCUGUUCCCGCGGUUGUUUACUUUGAAAAACAAAUACCAAACAUUUACGAUGGUGAUAUUGAAAACGAAGACGCACUAUUACAAUGGCUUAUUGAUCAACUUCAAAAAGAUGAAAUCGAAGACAUUACUAACGAGAUGAUGGAUCGUCUUAUUAAAGAAGGGAAAAAUAUUGCCGUAUUUUUCUGUAUGUAUUCAAUGUUCUCGUUUAAUAUAGCUACAGGGUGACUCCAAAGGGGGGAUAAGGGUCACGGUACCCUAGCCAGUAUUUUUUUUAUUCAAAACAACUUUAAAAAAAAGAAUUAUACUAUAAACUAUUACAAACACGUAUAGUUAGAGGUAUAUAUUAUCUAAACUAUGAAGUAUAAAUACAUUAUAAAAUAUAAAAUAUGCUUUUUGUUGUACAGUUUUCUGAAAAAUAUGACUUAGCUCUCCUAACCAAGUUUCUGGAACCAUUCUUACAUACUUAUAGUAAAAUUAGUAUGACGUAAAUAAAAAAAUAUAUAUGUAUGUUUUUAGAUGAUAAUAAUGAUAAAAAAUCUCAAAAAGCGUUAAAUGAACUUGAAAACAUCGAUGAUGAGUGCGAUACGCUAGGAAUAGUAUUCGUAAAAAUAGACGAUGAAGAAGAAUCAAAACUGUACGGAAUUGAAGAACUACCAGCCUUAUUAUACUUUGAAAACGGAGUACCAACACUUUAUAACGGUAUAAUAUAUUUUUAAAUGAAAGAGUAAAAGAAGUAUGAACUUAAUUUAGAUAUAUAUAUAUUAGAACUACAGGAUAUAUAAUUACUGUAGUUACUGGAUAUUAGAUAAGUACCUAUUUGACUAAAUUUCAUCUCCAAACAAGGCAAUGUCAAAUUAUUUUUACAAGUUUGAAAGUACAUAAUGGUAAAACAUUUUAUUCGGCAAAAAAUACAAUGUGAAAAGUAAAAAAGACAGGCAUACUUAACACGAUGGGUGAGCCACUACUGCAGGUGAGAAGUUGGGAAGGUAGGAUAUGUAUGGUAAUUUAAUGUAUAUCUGUAUGCAACGAAUAAUCAUUGUUGACAACAAACGAUUUUGAGUAGAGUUCGGUAUACAUAUUUUAAAAGUUCUUUUCUUUUUGGUAUAACAAUUUUAUCCACAUACUUGUAGUACCUAACGCAUAAAAAUUACGUAAAAACUCGCAAAGUUAAAAUGUCUAAAAAUAGUUCAACAAAUUUUGACAAAAAUCUUAUGUUUGUUUUUUCUAGACGUGAACAAAACAUUUUAGCGAUUUUUGAAAUAUUUACAGGCUUUUUAUGUUUACGAAUUUUUACAUAGUUUUUUUUGGUAGGUCCUAAGUGGAUAUAACUGUUUAACCAAACAGAAUUGCAUGGAAAUUUAACAGGAGGUUUAUUUUAGGUUGUUAUUAGUGGUUAAAAAAAAUUAGUGUCGUAAAUAUUACACCCUAACAAAUCUUUUAUAAACGAACUUCGCUCAGAAUCAUUUUUCGUUAGUAACUAUUAGUAAUUAUAUCUUUGCUUACAAAUAUAAAUUAAUAACGUUUAUAUCCUACCUUCCCAACUUCCAACAGUAGGCGCACCCAUUAGCAAUGUUAGCUCUUUUAUUUCUUUUGUAAUAUUAUUUUUAAAUUAUAUUAGUAUAAUUUCAUCAAUAUACUACAAUAAUUUCAAUUACAUUUUAGGAGAUUUGGAAGACGAAGAAAAAGUAUUGGAAUGGCUUAGUUAUCAAAUAAAACAUGAUGAAAUCGAAGACGUGACUGAUGAAAUGCUUGAUAUUCUUAUUAAUAAAUUAUCAAACGUGGCGGUUUUAUUUUGUGAGUUAAACAUACUCAGUAAUAAAUAGUACAAUUAUACACUUAUGCGAUAUUUUCAGAUGAUAAAAACCAAAAAAAAAGUCAAAAGGUUCUGACUGAGCUGGAAAAUAUUGAUGAUGAAUGUGACCAGAGUGGAAUUGCGUUUGUAAAAAUAAGUAAUAUCGAUGAAGCUCGGGAGUAUGGAAUAACAGCAGUACCAAAAUUAAUGUAUUUCGAAAAAAGAAUUCCACAUAUCUAUAAUGGCGACUUACUAAAAGAGGAAGAAGUUUUAAGUUGGUUAAUACACCAAAAAAGACAUUCAGAAAUCCCAGAAGUCACCGAUGAAAUUGUUGAUAAACUCAUUGAGUCUGAACCUUACUUGGCAGUAUUAUUUUGUAAGUAAUAAUUUAUUUGUAUGGACUUAGUAAUACAAUAUAUUACUAAAUCCAAAUAACCUAUAAUAUAGUAUUAUAUUGAAUAAAAUAUGACUGCGUGAAAACAGAAAAGUGUGACCAAUAAUUUUUAAAUCUGAGUUAUAAAUUAUAUUUAUACCUACAUAUUAUGAUUUGUGUAAAUAGAUGACAAGGAAGAUAAAGAAGAUAUUCGUAUAUUAAAUGAAUUGGAAAAUAUUGAUGAUGAACUAGAUAAAGAAGGUAUUGUUAUAGUACGUUUAGACGAUGAAAAUGAAGCUAAAGAAUAUGGAAUAGAUCAUUUACCUACAUUAGUUUACUUUGAAAACAAAAUUCCAGCUAUUUAUGAAGGUAAAUAAUUAAUUUUAUUGUAUUGAAAAUUAUGAUUUUUUUUUAUUAAAUACAAGUAGAACACAUUACACAUUUUUUUUUUAAACAUUAUUUUAGGCGAACUCAUAAACGAGGAACAAGUAUUAAAAUGGCUUAUCGAGCAAAAAACUACUGCUACCAUUGAAGAAGUUACUGACGAGAUACUCAAAACUCUCAUCGCUGAACAUGAAUACGUUUUGGUUUACUUUAGUGAGUAGACAAAAAGAAACAUAAUUUCUUUACUUUUUUUUUUUUUUUUAAUGCUCACAUUAAAUUUAGGUGGCAGAUGCGAAGAAGGAGAAGAAUGUGAUAGUAUACUAGAUGGUUUUGAAAAUAUUGAUGAUGAACUAGAUGAAACCGGAAUAGUUUUUGUUACCACAGAAGAUGCGUCAAUUGCUAGAGAAUAUGGACUUAAAACAUUCCCAUCAUUAGUGUUCUUUAGAAACAAAGAACCACUAGUUUAUACAGGUGAUUUAGAAGAUGAAGAUGAGGUUUUAACUUGGCUCAUAGAUGAAGAAACUCUUAAGGUGCCUGGACGUAUUGAGGAAGUUAAUACUAAAAUGCUAGAAAAAAUAUUAAAUGAAAAAAAAUAUGUUGUUGUAUUUUUCUGUAAGUUAUUUCUAACCAUAAUAAGUUUAUAACUACUUAUAGUAUAAAUGUACUUACAUUUUUGUUUAUAGAUAAAGAAGGAGACAAAAAAAGUCAAAAAAUAAUCGCUGAAUUGGAAAAUAUUGAUGACGAAUGUGAAGAAAAAAACAUUCAAUUUUUAAAAACUUCCGACGAAGGAAUAGAAAAAGAAUAUGACUUGCCUGGGUUGCCAUCAUUAUUAUUUUACAGAGAAAAAUUCAGAAAAGUAUACGCAGGUAAAAUUUUGUAAACGUCUGUGAGAAGUAUUUUAGAAUUUUGAAUAACACAAUAUUAUAUUUGAUAGGAGAUUUGAUGCAUGAAGAAGCCAUUUUAGAAUGGGUUCUUGACUUACACGAAUCCGAACCGGAUUUUAUUGAAAGUGUCGAUAGAAAGACAUUGCAAACUUUAAUUAAUGACGUUGAACAUUUAGCAGUUUUCUUUUGUACGUAUACAAUGUAUUUUUUUUUAUAUAAAAAAUAAGCAUAAUUAUAAUAAAUAUACACUUAUUCAUAUUUCAAGCAUUCGAAAAAUAUUAUUACUCAUCUGUAAAUAAUAAUUAAUAUAAUUUUAAAUUAGACAAAAAUUAUUAUAUUAUAUAGUAUUUUGGUUUUAUUAAUUUAUUAGAACUUAUUUUCCGAAAUUACCACUGAGUCACGAGGGGAACCGAGUUAGCAUUACUUCUUCCGGCCCGGGACACAUUCAGUCAGAGUCACCGGCCUAAGGGCGUAACAGCGCUAGAAUGUAUUAGAACUAUAGUAAUAAAUACCUAAAUACCUAAAUUCUCUGUUACACACAAGAAUAAGAUUGAAAUAUAGAAUAAAAAGUAAUUUAAUUUGAAUUCAGAAUUAGAAAAUGCUAAAUAAUUGCAAACAAAAAACAAUUUGACUGAAGCUCGAUUAAACAUUUUUAUUCUAGUUGUAUACAGUUUAACUAGGUACUUACAGAAUAAUAUUUAUAAUUGGUUGAUUUUAUACAAAAUUGUCUAAACAAAUUUAAUUUGUCAUUUUUUAAAAAAUAAAUUCAUAUCGCAUUAUUAUUCAUUAAAAUUUUAAAGUUAUUUCACCAAUUCAUAUUUAAAAAAAAAGUUUUAAAUUGUAUUAAUUGUUAUUUUUUGUAACAUUUACUUAUAUUACUUACUUAUACAAAACAAUUUUAUUUUAUCAUAUAUUUUAGACGAUGAUAAAUGCGAGGCUUGUCCUAGUAUAUUAGAAGAAUUGGAAACUAUAGAUGAUGAUACCGAUAAAGAAGGUAUUCAAUUUGUAAAAUCAACCGAUUCGAAAUUAGCGUCAGAAAUCGGUAUUUUCAGUUUUCCCGCAUUAGUUUAUUACGAAACAGGAGUUCCAAUCAUGUACGACGGUAAGUUUGUAUAAAAAUCAAUACACAAUAAUAUUAUAAUUUAUUAUUAAAAAACAUUAACGACCGAAUCAAAGUAUAAUAAGUUUUCGAUAAAUACUGAUUUACAAUAUUGUAUGUAGUACCUAUAUCAUAGUUAUUAAGUCAUGUGUAUAUUAUUAUAUGUUUUGAAAUAAUAUCGAUUAGAACAUCAUAAAUUAGGUAUAUGUACUUAAAAAUAUUCACACGUCAGAUUAAUUUUAGCUUAGAAUAAUACUACAUACCGUAUAAUACACUUCAAACGUUAUGAUAACAUUACCUAUAGUAAUUACUGAUUAUAUAUAAUUGUAUUCAUACGCAAGUAUAAAAUAUGUAUAUUAAAUAACAUAAUUUUAAUAUUUUUAAUUUCAUACACCAAAAAUACCCAACCUAUACAAGGUAUAGGUACAUUAGAGAAUAUAAUAUAUUUAACAUAUACCUAUACACAUUGUUUGUUUUUAGUUUUUUUAUAGAUAUUUGUAUUCAAAUACAUAUUUCUAUAGUUUUAAGUUAUUAUAACUUAUACUAAAUUUGUGAAAAUAAUGAUUUUUUAUAAUUCCUUAAUCAUAAAAAAUAUUGAACGAAAAUUGUAUACUCGCGUUUUUCAAUGGCUUCAUAUUAGUUCUAACCAAGGUCGGUUUAAGGUAUAGGCUUAUAGCGGUAUCGCCGACAUUUUGAUAGGAUCGGCAUUUUUUGCUCCGAUUGUAAAUUCUAAAAUAAUAUUAAGUUAAGUAUAAUAUUAAGUAAAAACAUUAAGAGAACUAUAAAAAUCAAAUAAUAGAAUUAUUUUUGAACAUAUACGUAGUAAGUACUGAUGAUUUUUUUAACAAAAAAAGAAACUUUUCAAAAAUAAAAAUAGAAGAACAGUAAAAUUAUAUUUUGAUCACAAAUCGCUCAAGACUGUUAAGUAAGGUUAAAACAAGAAAAACACGUUUUUAAUUUAAUAUUGUAAAUACUGUUAUUGUAUUUAUUUUUCCCGAGAAUAACUUUCGGUUAGUAAAAACGCUCAGAUUUUUUUUAUGUUAUACCAUGUCAUACCUUAAUAGAUAUAAAUUUCCCAAUUUGUGGAAAUUUAAUUGAACCUUUUUUCGAAAUUCCUAAUACUUUUUUCAAAUAUUUGCUUUUUAUAUAUUUUUUUAAACCAUUAUAUUGUGAUUAAAAUACUUUGAUUUUCUCACGCAUUGCAGUACUUUAAAAAAAACGCGAAAUUUUCACCCAAUGGUAUUUUGAUUGAACAUUUUUUCUAAAGUUCCUAAAAUUUUACCGAGCAUCACUCGAAGUAUGGCUAGCUAUAUUCAAAUUUAUAUUCACUAUUUAUUUUUAACACUCUGUUAAAUCUAAAUUGCAUGUUAUAAAUACAAUAAAAUGGUUUUUUUUUUAUUUAUGUUUUUGGUAUUUAUCUUAAUAAUUUACAAAGAUACCUUGAGCUCAAAACGAAAAUAUAUAUUGGUAUUAAAAGCAAUUUUAGAUUAGACCACCAUAUUUUAGAUUAGACCUCCAUAGUUUUGUGAACUAAUAAUCUAUCUUAUUCGUAAAAUGAAGACUCAAAGUUGUGAUGACUUUUUUACUCAUUAAAAAUAAUAGCCCUCUAAAAUUUUUAGUUGAUUAUAUAGGAUUGAACGCCAAAUUUAAUAUUGCCUAAGUGUAAAAAAUCACUUAUACCGGUCUUGGUUCGAACUUACUUACUAUAAUAAUAUUUGUGUAAGUGAAUGUACAAAAUAUGAUUUACAUUUACAUCGUAAUUCGAGAUACUUGUUAAUUUUAUUUAUUUUUUUAUAAAAUAUCAUAUUAUUGUAUAAUAUUAUAACUAUAGCGUGUACUCUAAUUCGAGGAUUCUGUACAUAAUAUACGCAGAAUUUUACAAUUUCCUAAACAUUUCUUACAUUAAAUUUAGGAAAUUGUCAAAUACUGCUGAUAUACUUCGUAUAGGUAUUAUGAUACAAUUUCGAUUGGUAUAUAUCGUUAUAAAAUAAAAUCCUUUCUUACACUCGUGUUUACAUACUCGCCAUUCGAGCGUAGUACUUUGAAAUAACAUUUUUUUCAAUUCAAUCGACAAUAUUAAAUUAUAUAGAAUUAUAUAUUUCACGAAUAAAUAAAAUUACUCUGUUUUAUUUAAUAUUGUUAAAACCGUUACAUUCGACCACUCCAUAUAAAGUGUGCAUCAGUAAACAUAUAAUAUACUGAGUGGCUCAGUAUAAAAAAACAUUUUUAUGGCCCGUAAUAUUAUUAUAAGAGUUAGAUAUUCAGGUCGCAAGUCUAACGGUGAAGUUAAUUUUGAAUAUUACAUAAUUUUUUUAUUUUAAAUAUUUUUAAGAAACAUAUACUUAUUUAAUUUAACCAUUGUGUUAAGUGACCUAAAUAACCUUAGUAAUCUUUUAGUGUUAUAAACAUUUUGUUUAUGCCCAGCCACACGAUAUUAUAUAUUUACUGAUGCAACUGCUUAAGAUACUAAAUUCGGAAAAUGUACAAUGGGAAUUUUAAUUUGUAACGAAACUAUACAAAUCGAUUACUAUGAGUAAUGAUUACAUUAAGAGACCAACAAAUUGUAAAACAAUGUUAUUAUAAUAUAAUAUGUAGUAGUGCGUGUACCUAUUUAUUAUUUAUUAUACACAUUUUUUGUCUAAAAUGUUAUUAUAUAUUAUAUAUUGUGCUUAGGUAACCUUAAGAAUAGCGGGAAAGUGUUAAGUUGGAUAAUUGAUCAAAAAAGUAAGCGAUACAUAAUAUUAAUGUUAAUGUAUUUAAAUGAUUUAAAAUAAUGUUUCGGAACACAAUAUUCUCGAUAAUCGUUAACAUAUUCUAUGUGGUAUUUAGGUGGUAAAAAAAAACCUCAAGAUACGAAAUCCACUAAAUAUUUACAAAAAAUUGAGCACACAGGUAUCUUUAUAAUUGUAAAAAAAAUCCUCACGUGUUUGAAUGUGUAAAAAAGUUUUAAUGUUGAAUUAGACAUCAGAUACCGAUUUUCUAAAAAUAUAAAUCGGCAUCUGUCCAGUAGCUAAUUAUAAUAACAAAAUAUUUUUAACAUGGUUUCUCUAUUCCUAUCAAGAUGGCCUCAUUUUUAAAGUGGUGAUGUCAUAUGUGUUCUUAAUUUGUUUUUUUUUCUACAUUUUAAUUAUCGCUCAUUAAAUUAUUAACAAUACAAGAGUUACAAAAAAAAAAAUUACAACUAAAUCUCCCAUACAAAAUUUUAUUUAUUUUGAUCCUACCUUGUAAAAUUAUUGCUAUCAGAUUAAUAUAGUAAUACUUACAUCAUAAUACGUAUAUUGGUUCUAAAAAUUCGAAAUACUUCAUAGCUAGCAGUUACUAAUAACAUUUUUAAUAUAAUCUGUAAAUUAUAAAUAGAUUCGUUAAUUAUAUAAGUCCUAGGAAAUGUAAAUUCACAAAAUUCAAUUUUACAAUUUAAUUUACUAUAUUUCCAAAAUGCAUUUUGAAAGGCACUACACUUAUAACUCUUCAUGUUAAUUUUAAAAAAAAAAAACGUUUCCACAUACAACACAUGUUGUGAAUUUUUAAAUAUUGAAGGAAAAAAAUUGUAAUUACUUUAAUAUUUACUAAUAUUAGGUAAUUUCCAAGUUGAAUGUAUUUAGCAAUAUUGAAGAAAUUGUUCAAUUAAAAUUAACGAAUACAUCACGCAUUUAAACUUAUGAGCGAUAAAUAAUACGUUUAUUACAAUUUGUUUAAGUUAUAAUAAUUAUCCUACAUCAGCAACCUAAUUUUAUUAGACAGGGAUACCUACAUGAUAAAAUACCAUUAAUAACAAUCUAUGCCCAUUUAACUCUCACGGUGAAAUGAUAAAAAUAAAAUAUAUGACCACUUUUCGAUAUUAUUUUGUUAUAUUUAUAUCCAAAACUAAUAUUGUUCCGAAUAUUUAAUUAUUUAAAUACAACUUCUAUUUACUAUAUUUAGUAUAAUAAAUUUGUAAAUGUUGUUUUUAUUUUACUAACAGCUUGUCGUCUGCAGCAUUUUGUUCCAUCACAUCCUUGUUAUAUUCAAGCUUUUGUUCAGCAUUUAUAAUUUGAAAUUCAUUUACGUAUUUGUCACCUUUUUCGUCAAUAAUUUGUUCACGAUGUCUUAUUAUUAAAUACAAAAAAAAAAAAUUGCUAAUAUAAUUUGGCUUUUGCUGCAGGCGACAGCUGUUUUUACAUCGGUUUGGGAAACACUAAGACCAACACACCGACAUUUGAGCCAUACCAAUGUUGUCCGAAACCUCAAUCACAAUCUACAGGAAAGGAGAAGACCAAUGUCAAAAAUGAAAAAACAGGAGCUGGAAAGGAAAAAACAGGAAAACCUAUAAAGAAAGAACCUAAGGAUAACGAGCAAAAAGCGAAUGGCAAGCCUGAUAGUAAUAACAAGAAAAAAGAUAAAAAAAACAAAAAAGAUAACGGAAAAGAUUCCUGGUGGUGGUAAAGCCUUUUGAUCGUCUGAAAUAUGACACACAAAAACUAAAAAAAUGAAAAUUUUCAUUUAAAUUACAUUUAUACAAAUAAAAUAUUGUCCCCACAUUUGAACAAAAACUUAAAAUUUGGGCUACAAAAAAGUUAUUGGUGUUUUGGUUUUUAAAGACAAAACUUUUAAGUAAAGAUACUAUUAUAUUCGAAAUAAAUAUCCAUAACAUUUUUUGGCGAAUCUAAUGUAUUAACUAUUUUUUUUUUCUAGACAUGUUAUGCACUACUCUAAUAAUUUUCUAAUAUUAUCUGUAAUUCACCCUAAGAAUAAAAUAUCAGGACUAUUAGGUAUUAGGGAUUAAAUAUAAUGGUGAAAAAAGAAAAUGUGAUUUUGUGCAAAUAUGGUUUUUUUUUAAAUUUUACUAAUUCUUUUCAAAAAAUUUUCAUUUAAAAACAUUUUAUCUUCAAAUUUGUCUUAUGAGCUGUUAAAAUAUAUGCAGGUGUAUUUAUAACUUAUAUUGAUAUAAUCCUCAAUAUUUUUAACAAACAUUUUGAAUCACUGUAAAUAUAGAAUACAUUUCAAAUAAGCUAAGUAAAUUGUCUACUCUAAAAAAUUAGACUAUUCUUUCUCAUCUAAUUAUAAAGAUUUUGAGAUCCUAAUAUUGAAACUAGAAUGAUGACGUCCUAAUAAUUUUACAUUUAUUUUGGUUUUUUUUUAAAUGUCUUUUGGGCUUCAGAAACUAAAAUAUUAGAAACUUGCUUUUAUUUAGUCAUCAUCAUUGAAGUAUUGAUGCAUUUUUCUGUACAAUAUAAUAUAUUUAUAUAUUUUUUUUUUCGAGGCCCAGGCACUUAAUGAUUAUUAAUUUAAUUUUUAUUAAAAUACUUAAUAGCUUAAAUGUAAGAAACUCCUCGUAAAAUAGCAAUGUAUCCCAAAUAUAUUUUAAUUUAUAAUCAAUUAAUAUAUAAGUAAUUUUAGGUAGUAAAAGUUACAAAAAUUAAAAAAAUUGGUAAAAAAAAACCAUUUAAUUGUCUACCUAUGUACAAUAAAUUAUUUAUUUUUUGUUCAACAACUAUAUUUCUAAAUAUUGUCCAUUACACAUCAAAUUGUAUGUUGUAUUUAAAAUUAAAAUACCAGAAAUGUAACAUCUAUUAUUGUAUUUAAGUAAUAAUUAUCUAUAUUAACUACUGACUACUGUCAACAAUUUAUUAGAUUUUCGUUGUCUUUAUUUUACUCAAUUAAAUUGCUCAUUAUAUUUUUAGUCAUUAUAUAGUUACUUUAUUCAAUUUAUUGGAUUCUAUUUGAAUUAUUUAUUAUUAAAUAUUUACAAGAAUGUAUAAAUAUUAAUUUAAAUAAUUUAAUUUUACAAUUUACGAGUAAUGUUAAAAUCAAUUUUAAAAAGGCUGUUAUUUUCUCCCGUGUAAAUAUAAUAUUAAUUAUUUAAUGUUUUCUCUGAUUUUGCUCAUGUAGAAACUUAAUUUAGGUCAGUUUUAAUUAGCUUGAUUUACUCAAAUUAAUUUUAACAUCGUAUUUCUAACAUUGUUGAUUAUUUUUUUAAUAAAAAUCAUAUUUAUGUUUAAAUAUAAGUAUGUUAGUUGUUACAUUUAAGGUUUACCAAAAAAAUAAAAAAAUUAAUAUGUACAAAAUAAUGUAUUAAUAAAAUCAUUACUGUUGUUGAAGUUUAAUUUUUGUUUACUAUUAUUUUGUUUUUGUCGUAAUAGUUCUUCGGAGUUAAUUUAUUGUAAUAUGUAGUGAAAGUCGGAUUAAAGUAUAAUAGGUAUUAAUAUUAUUUUUUAAUGCAACAGUUACAUUUUAAAUAGUUGUAAUUCGAAUAAAUUUUUAAAAAUAUUUACUAAUACUUUUUGGUGAAAACAACUCAUCGAUUACCUGUAUAGUUUAACUAUAAUAUAUAUGCUGUAUUUUUGUCUUUUUUUUAAAAUUAUUAUUCAAGGAGACAUCGGUAACGAAAACGAAGUUCUUCGGUGGAUGAUAAAACAAAAGACAGACGAAAGCAUUGAGCAUAUAGAUAGAGAACAAUUAUUUGAAUAUAUUGAUAACCAAGAUUUUUUAGCGGUUGUCUGGUGUAAGUAUGAAUACUGAGUAAAAAUAAAAUAUAGUUAAAUAAUAAUAUCAUUAUCUAUAACUACUUUUGUACGUUUAGUCGUCGAGGGUGAUACUAGAGUGCCCAGAAUUUUACGACACAUCGAAUUGAUUGACGACGAAGCUGCGGAAUACGGCAUAAAAGUGGUUAAAUGCAGUGAUCGAUUAAUGGCCAAAAAACACGGAUUCCGAAGUCCUCCUGGUAUUACCUAUUUUCGAAAGAGCAAAUACAUUAACUACGACGGUUAGUUAUUGACAAAUAAUUAUAAUAAAAAUAUAAAAACUGUUUAAAAUUAUGUGACUGUUUAAAAUAUUUAUCCAUAAUAUUACCUAUAUGCAUCUCAGGUGACAUAGACGACGAUGAAGAAAUUUUAGAUUGGCUUACCGAUCCGUCUAACAUGGAACUAACCGAACAUAUAGAAAAAGUAAACAGGAAAAUGUUUGCCAAAAUCAGGCAGAGUUCAGAAAACGUAGCGGUGUUCUUUUGUGAGAUUAUUUUAUUAUUUUAUGAACGCACUAGCAAUUUGUUACAGUACUUACCUAGUCGGGGUGAUGUUUAAUUGAUUGCAUUUUUUAGAUAGUGACGAUUGUAAACAAUGCAAACAAGUACUGAUGGAAAUUGAACACAUAGAUGACGAUGCGGAUGCCGCUGGAAUAGAUUUCGUUAAAAUUGAUGAUAAAAAGAUGGCUAAAGAGUGCGGAGUAUUUGCAUUACCGGCAAUAGUGUUCUUCAAAUUAGGGUCCAAAGACUCUACAAUUUACGCAGGUAAUUAAAUAAUAUUAGCUUUGAACUUUUUUUCGUAUUGUCUAAAUACAUUAGCGGAAACACGGUGUCAGUGCCCCUCUACCCUAUUGACCGUAUUUAAAAAAUAUUAUUUUCAUAAUUAUUUCAUUUUUAUGUUACCUACUUUAGUCUUUAUAGUGUAUGCAGUUUAUAUAGUAUAGGUCAGAGGCGGCUAUCCUAAAAAAUAUAGGUCUUACGAAACAAAAAAUAACUACCCAACAAGGGCGAAGUAAAGCAACUCUAAAAACAAAAUAGAUAUGUAAUAUGUAUACAUUUAAAUAAAAAGAAUUUAAAAUAUGAACAGUAUAUUCUGUACGAGGUACGUAACAACGAUAUACUAAAAACCCACAAUGAUCUGGCGUUUCUCUCCCCCCCCCUCAAUAUGUAAUCCUGGCUACACUACUACUAUAAAUAUUUGCAAUACCAGAGGAAUUUAUAGUAAGAAUUUGUUUCAGGAAACCUGUACGAAGAAACGGAUAUACUGAAUUGGCUUCUUGUUCAGAAAAACCCCCAAGGAGAAAUAAUCGAAGAAUUAAACGGCCAGGAUUUAAAAAACGCCGUAGCGUCUUCGGAAUCGAUCGCAGUAUUUUUCUGUAAGUUGUCAAUCUAUUUUUUAACAAAACGCCUGUCUUGACUCAUCGUACCCGUUACCCAUAAUAAUUUUAUUACAAUAUAUUAUAACGGUAAUACUGUGGUAUAGUGUCAAAUAUGAGUGUGUUGUCCGGCAUAUAGGGAAUGGGACGCUGUGCGAACGCUGUAAGGCGUCCAACACCAAAGCGUUCCGUAGACAUCAUAAAUCAUCGCAACAACAAAACGGUGUCCAUAGCGAUGUGAAAAAAAAAGAAGGAAAACCGGAUGUUAUUGUGACGGAAUCAGUCGUUAAAGAAGAUAAUAGUAAAAAUGGUGAUAAAGAGGCCGAUGAUGAUAAUGAUGAUGAUGAUGAUGAUAAUGAUGAAAACAAUGACAAUGAUGAUAGUGAUUCCACGGAAAAUAAUAAUAAUAUCCAUGCUAAUACUCAAGGAAACAAUAACAAUAAUGGUACCUCACCUAAGAGCUGCAGGGGAUAGAGGCUUUGAUGAUAAAGCGCAUUUAAGACUGCGAAUCAUUGGCUUUUUUAAUUUUUUGGUGCUCAGAAUAUAUAUGCAUGUAUGCAUUUAAUCUAUAAGCUUUGGUUUAGAAAAAAAAAAUUAUUAAUGACGUAUUUUAAAAUUAUUUAAUAUCACUCCAAAUCGUUUUUCAACUGACAUACUAUAUUUCAAAUUAGUUGAUAUUUUAUAAAGACCGACUUCCGUUUUAUAUUAGUUAACUACAUUAAAUAAUUAAUUUCUAUUUAACUGAGGAGCUUGAGAAUACAUUUCUGCGAGUUAAAAAAAAAUCUACGGAUAUUAGACCUUAUUGAAAAUCAUUUUAUAUACCUACCAGAUACCUAUUACCUAUUUAGAAUAAAUGUAUUAUUAAUUAUUAGUUACGGGUAUCUAAAAUAAUAUAUUUUCAGACAAAUUUUGACUACCUAGAUACCUAAAUUUCGGUCCACACUAAAACAACACACAGGUAUUUUUCAAUUGAAAUAUAUAGCUACUUCAAAAAUUGAAGUAGUGUUAAACGUGCUUAAUACCUGCAUAAAUCGAACGCAUCAUAUUUUAUUAAAUACAGUUCAAAAUUGUAUGAAAAUAUAAAAUAGAUAUUACAAAUUGUGAAUUUAAAUUAAUGUUUCAAAUAUUAUAUUAAUUUUAUUUUAAUUGUGAACAAAUGUUAAACCUACCAUCUCAGAGUAUGCUUUAACGAACUUCGCUCCGAGUCGUUUUUCGUUAGCAGUGAUUUAUCGUUGCGUACAAAUAUAAAUUAAAUAACUUUAUAAUAUAUCCUACCUUCCCAGCUACCCGUCCCCAGUACCAGCUCUUUUUUUGUGUAUUUUUGUAAAACCUUUUUCUACCGGAAGUCUUGCUCCAAUCAAAAACUCUAAGGACCUUUCUUGUAGAAUUUUUUUAUUUAGUUAGUAAAUUGAAUACGUCAAUUUUUUGUAGUUUUCUUAAUAACCAGAAAAAACUGGUAAUUUUUUUACGAUUUUUGUAUAAUACCCUUCCUUUUAAUUACUCUUCUAAAACAAUGAUACGUCCACCAGUAGUAUUAGCCUUUUACUAGUAUACUAUUACUGUAUUUGUUUUACAACUGAAUUGUCUUAUUCAUUUUCUAAAUUAAAAGAAGUCGGUUUGUUAUAAUAUUUGACCUAGACUAGAUGUGAAUCACUGUGUAACAUGUAGAUUAUAAUAACACAUUUGUCAUAGCUGUAUAAUUUAGACAUAAAUUUAAUAUUACGUAGGUAUUCAUGUUUAUUAUGUUAUAUAUGUAUAUAAAAUACUUAUAUUUUCAGAUAAUGAAGACGAGUGUGAUACAUGUACAAGUAUAUUAGAGGAACUCGAAAAUAUAGACGAUGAUUGUGAACGACACGGGAUUUCUUUUAUUAAAACUCAGGUAAAUUGUUAAUUUGAAAACAAAGUGGAAGACAGGAAUAUUUUAACCAUACAACAAUAAUAAUUAUGCAAUAAUAUUUAUGGUACUUAGGAUCUUGAAGCUGCUGAACAAUACGGCGUAUCAAAAUUACCGGCAUUGGUUUACUUCGAGCAUUCGGUACCAAAUCUUUUUGGAGGUAAAUUAUAAGUUGUGGUGAUAUAUUAUUAUACAUAUUUUUAAUAAAUUAUUAAUAACUACUAUUAUUCUAUAAAUAAAGGGGACUUAAAAGAAGAAGAAGAAGUUCUUCAAUGGUUAAUAACACAAAGAACAGAAGAUAGAAUUGAAUUAGUCACUAGAUCUAUGUUAGAGACAAUUGUUCAGGAAACACAAUAUUUGGCGGUAUAUUUUUGUAAGUUAUUACAUAUUGAUAGUUAUUAUUUUAGUUCAUAUAUAAAACAACCGUAUAUAUAAUAUAUAAUACUAUAAUAUUGUAUUCGAUAGUAAAUACAAUCAAUGAGUUGUAAUUUUUCUUAUAUGAAAUGUUCUACUGCAAUAAUAGUCAUUUAUUUUUAUUGUAAUUACACGUUAUUGUUGUAGAUAAACACGCAUGCAAUGUUUGCGACCAAAUUCUCGAAGAUUUAGAACGAGUAGAUGACGAGUGCGAUUUAUAUGGUAUACACAUGGUAAGAAUUCAAGAUCCACAGUUAGCCAAAAGGUAUUCAAUUAAGACAUUCCCAGCACUCGUAUACUUUAGAAAUGGAAAUCCUCUAUUGUAUGAAGGUUGGAUCACGAAUUUUAUAAAAACGUGUGUAUAAGAUAUUUUAACAAUCUAUAAUUGAACACUGUUUUCAGGUGAUUUACAAAACGAAGAAUCGGUUCUUGAAUGGUUAAUAGACGAUGAUAACCGUGAACUCGCUGAUGAAAUCGAAGAAGUAAACAGCCGAAUGCUGGAAAGGCUAUUGGACGAGUCAUUACUAUUAGCGGUGUUUUUCUGUAAAGAUAUUCUAUAACCCGAAUAUUUUAUUUAACCGAAGUUUGAUAAUAAUUUAAAUGAAACAAUAUAAUGUCUAGACGAAGAAAACUGCGAAGAAUGCGGUGGUAUUUUAGAGGAAUUAGAAAUAAUUGACGGUGAAGCUGAUCUAUUUGGUAUCGACAUGGUUAAAAUAUCGGAUCCGGAUGUCGCAGCUAAAUACAACAUCAUUAGUUUACCGUCCUUGGUGUAUUUUAGAAAAAGAGUGCCCGAAGUGUUUGACGGUAAAAACGUAAAAUAGAUAUUAUGACGAAAUAGCGAGUACCUAAAAUGUAUAAAAAGAAAAAAAACAAAUUCACAAAUCACUAUACGGUAUUUAUAUAGGAGAUUUGAAUGACGAAGACAAGGUUUUGUCGUGGUUAACUUCGCAGGACGUGUUUGAAAUAAAAAACGAAAUCGACGAGGUGAACAAGAAAAUGUUAACGAAAUUACUCAAUGAAAACGAAUUUGUUACCGUGUUUUUCUGUAAGUAUAAUAUUAUAAUAGGUACCUAAUAUAUCUAUCGUACCAUAUUUUCGUAGAUAUCAUAUGAAAACUCACGGCGUUGUGUUUUUUGACAGACGAGAACGAUGUGCCCGAAAGCGCAGAAGUAUUGUCAAGGCUGGAGAAAAUAGACGACGAAACUAACAAUAUGGAUAUCACGUUCGUCAAAAUGGCGGACGCUCGAUACGCACGCAAAUGGGGUGUUACCAAACUUCCGGCCAUAGUGUAUUUCCGGAACAAGUUCCCAAGCGUUUAUAGAGGUAGGUAUCCUUUCCAUGAUUACCAAGGCCCUCCAUUUCACAGACACAGAACUAUAAUAAUCGGUAGAAAGUUUAUUAUUACGUCACGGCGAUUGUCAAUCCUAAGCCUGUAAAUGGAAAGGGAAAUUAGUGUUUUCAAAAAUUCUUAUUUCAAACCUUUUUUUACUUAUAUACGUUCGCGGUCCGAACAUCAAUAUCCCGAAAUGAGUAUUAUAUCUCCGGAAUGUUAUACCGUCCGAACGGAUAGAGUAGGUUAAAUUUGUUUUACUUCAAUACUAUUAUUUACUAUGUCGUAUAUUAUGUUUUUCCUACCCCGUAAUUUAAGUAAUUAUUUUAUUUAUCUUUCUUAAAGUUAAACUUAAAAAAAAAAAAAUAUAAAAUAAUAUGUGACAAAGGUCAGUCAAAAUGUAAUUUUACCAUGUAGAUUUUGACAAUUCAUAUCAUUCAUAAAUACGAUUAAAUUGACUUCUAUAAACUAAUUUUAAUUCGAUAAUUCGAAAAUCUUUAUCUUCUGGUAUUAACCCUAAGGUUGGUUCACAGUUUCCCAUAUUUUCUCCGCCCUAUCACAAGCUAGUCUCUUCAGUUAACUGUAGUUCGUCAGCCCUGCAUCAGAAAUCAUAUUUCUGAUUUAUGAUAUUCUUAACGGAAAUCUAUUUUUCUAUAAAGGUUAUAAUUAUCUCAUACCAAAUUAUUAUUAUAACAAUAGUGUAUAGGUAAUAUUAUUAAUUCAAAUAAAAAAUAAUUAUAUAUAUAUAUAUAUAUAUAUAUAUAUAUAUAUGUAUUAUAUAAUAAAGUAUAAUAUACAAUAUACACAUAUAAAGUAUGUAUGACUUUAUAAUAAUAUAUACGGUAUACCUAUAGACAUUAAAUAAUAUGUAUAGAAAAAGAACAAAAGUCUAAGUAAUAGUAAAACUGUGUGAAAACACGAUCUGUUUCAUUAUUAUAGUCUUAAAAGGACGGUAUGCCCGCAUCUGUCUCAGUCCAACUACCGGGUAACAUGCAAAAACAAUUCUUACGCAGAAUAAGUAAAACUUGUUUAAUUUUGAUUUUAGAGUAAAAGUACCUAUUAUAAAAUGUAUAGAGAACAAUAUUUUGCAAGGAGUGGCAUAGGGUUUUUGUAUUAUCUAAAAUAUACAACUCGAUAUAAAAUGUACAAAACCUUUAUAUUUUUAGUUUUCAAAUAAUUGUUACUUUUUAAUAGUUCAUAAUUCAAAAAAACAUAUGAAAUUCCCUUCGAAAUAUUUUUCCCUAUAAAUUUCAUAAUAGAUAUUUUUACUCUAAAAUCAAAAUUAAGCUAGUUUUACUUAUUCUGCGUAAGUAUUGUUUUUGUAUGUUGUCCGACAGUUGGACUGAGACACUAGAUGCGAGUAUGACGUCCUCUUAAGAAGGACUCUAACAUUAUUGUCAUUAUUGUUUAGAAUUUUUUCGAAUUUAUUAUUCAUGUUACAUGAUACUACAAUAAUUAACAAUAUUAUUAUUUGUAUUAUGGCUCAGCACUAUUUUAACAUUUACACUACAGUACAUUUUGUUCAAUAAAUUUUUCUCUUAAUUCUCAUUUUACAAUACAUGUUUUGUAAAAUAAUCAUACUGUUGAUUUUAAUAAGUAUAAAUAAUAACUUAGAGAUUUUGAAUAGCCAAGGUAUCGUUCAUAUUAAUUCUAUAUUAUAAGGGUUGAAUAUUUAAAAUGUAGUUAAGGAAAAUAAGUUUAAAAAUAUCUAAAGUAAAGAUAGAUUUUAAAAACAAUAUUCUAUAGGUACUAAUAUUUUUUAGAUAAUAAAUAAAACUUCUUUGUUUUGUUAUUUAUUUAAAAUGUUUCAGCAUAUAUUACAUGCUCUUACAAGUUUUGCAAUUUAUUCAAUUAUACAAUUUUUUAAAUCCAUGCCAUCUCAUCGCGUUUAAUUUUUGGUUUCCGGCGAUAUACUACUUCUUCACUAACACAACUAGUCACUAUAAUAAUUUAUUGCCGUCAUAAUAAUUUACUAGUAUUUUUAUUGUUAUUGUUUUGGAUUAAAACCCGUUUUCUGUUUAGUAAAUAAAUAGAUUUUUCCAUCAGGUUAUCCAUCUCUCUCCAAUUUUCUACUCUCAAACUCCCUUCCACCAUGUCUUUCCAUAUUUUCCUAUAGAAGUACAUCUUCCCUGGAGCUCCAUUUUUGUGUCGCCCUUUACUGGUUGAUUUUCUCCUGUCCUCAUUGUGUGUGGCCUAACCGUUUUAUCAUUUGCCUCACAUUGCUAGUUCCACCAAAUCGUACCUAUAAGUCUAUGUUAAAUCUCCUUCGAUCCUGCUGAUAUACGAUUCAGAUAAAAUAUACCUACGUUCCAAAAUAAUCCGGGUCGUCUGUAUUUGUGCUGCAGGAUGUCUGGAAACUGAAACCGAGGUGUUGGAGUGGCUGAAGAAAACUCGUUUCCGGGAACCCGAGCUCAACCUGUUCAUGUACGUGAUGAUAACCAUAUCUUUGGCAUUUGUCUUGUACACAGUGCUGCUGGUUUACGGGUUCAAAAAGAUCACGACGGCCCCGCCAAAAACUCCGUCGACCACAUCAUCGUGA